CCAGUGCAUCUGUACAAACGCGCGCACACCCCACGGCACAAGCUGACCAACCCUGGACACAUGCAGGGAAGCACACACAUGCCCUUCGCACAAGGGCUCACGCCCUCACGUGCUGCUGCCAGCUUUCACCUAGACCGACGUGCCUGUGCAAGGGGCGUGCUUAUGCACUCACACAGUCAGAAAACACACAUCUCCUGCUGAUACCCAAAAUGUGGGCUCAAAACGGCGCUCCCCUAGCAUACCUCCCAAACUGCUUUUUCUCAUCCUGCUCUCUUUGCCUCCCUCAGGACUGCAGCUCUGGGGCGCAGGGAGAUCUUUGCUAUGAUCGCAGCACCAGCCAUCUCUACCCACUCCCUGGCCACCUCCCUGCACAGUAAAGCCAGGGUCUCCUCUCUCCGCUAUAUGCCCCCAGCCCGGGAGCAGCAUGGGGAGCGUCAGUAGCCUCAUCUCCGGCCACAGCUUCCACAGCAAGCACUGCCGAGCCUCCCAGUACAAACUCCGCAAGUCAUCCCACCUGAAAAAGCUGAACAGGUACUCAGACGGGCUGCUUCGUUUCGGCUUCUCCCAGGACUCCAGCCACAAGUCCAGCUCCAAAAGCAGCAAGAACGAGGACUUCUUUUAUAUCAAGGUCAGCCAGAAAACGCACGGCUCCCACCGGGCGGACUACACAUCGCUUUCCGGCGGGGAGCUGGGCAGCCAGGCCGGGACGAGCAGCACGGACUUUGGGACGCCCACCCCUCAGAAACGGAUGCCCUUUUCCAAUCAGCUGGAACUGGGCACAGAAAAGACUGCCGCAAGACCGACAGCCUUCAAACCAGUGCUGCCCCGGUCCGGUGCCAUCCUCCACUCCUCCCCAGAGAAUGGCAGUCACAUCUCCCAGCAGCUGCAUCCUCUGGACAAAGCCAAGGACCAAGAGCUCAAGCCGGUGCUGUGCUCUGGCGCGCUGUCCGACUCCGGCAGGAACUCCAUGUCCAGCCUCCCGACCCACAGCACGAGCAGCAGCUACCAGCUUGACCCGCUGGUCACCCCCAUGGGACCCAUCAGCCGCUUUGGGGGCUCAGCCCACAACAUCACCCAGUGUGCUGUCAUCCAAGACAGUAACAUGAUGAGUCUCAAGGCGAUGUCCUUCUCUGAUGGGGGCAACAAGAUCAUCAACCCUAGCAAAGCCUCCCACCACCAUGCCUCUGAGAAGGCCACUUGCAUCCGUUCACCCAUCUCCACAGAUGAGUCCACCAUCCAGGAGCUGGAGCAAAAGCUGCUAGAGAGGGAAGGAGAGCUGCAGGAACUUCAGUCGAGCUUUGAGGAGAAGGAAGUCAACUCCUGUCAAGUUUAUGAAGAGAAACAGAGGCGCUGCAAGGAAGAGCUGGAAGGCCUCAAGCAGAAAUGCAACAGCAAGCUCAAGCAAACCUCGCAGAAAACCCAGCGGACACAGCAAGUCCUUCACCUCCAGGUGUUCCAGCUGCAGCAGGAGAAGAAACAGCUCCGGGAAGAGCUGGAGAACCUCAUGAAAGAGCAAAACCUGCUAGAGACCAAGCUGAGGUCCUAUGAGAAGGAGAAGACCAGCUUUGCCCCAGCGCUGGAGGAGACUCAGUGGGAGGUGUGCCAGAAGUCUGGGGAAAUCUCCCUCCUGAAGCAGCAGCUGAAGGAAUCCCAGACUGAGCUUAACAGCAAGACCACUGAGAUCCUCAGCCUGAAAGCUCAGCUGAAAGAGGUGAGGGUGAAGAUGGAAAGGCUGGAGAUGAAAACCCAGGACCUGGAGGACUCACUGCGCACCAAAGCCAUGGAGCUGGAAGUGUGCGAAAAUGAGCUCCAGCGCAAGAAGAAUGAGUCCGAACUCCUCAGAGAGAAGGUGAACCUGCUAGAGCAAGAGAUCGUAGACCUCCGAACAGAGCUUGCCAUCCUCAAGGAGCAGCUGAGUGAAGGCCGGGAUGGGGCCAGAUCUGCCUCCAGCUCAGCCCUGGGGAUGGUGGACGAUGCACAGGCCUUACAGGGAGAGGUGGAAAGGCUGAAGGCAGAGCUGAAGGCUGAGCGGGACAACAACGAGCAGAUGACCUCCAGCUUCCAGCACGAGCGGCAGACAUGGAAGGAAGAAAAAGAAAAGGUGAUUCAUUAUCAGAAGCAGCUGCAACAGAGCUACCUGCACAUGUACAAAAGGAACCAGAAUCUGGAGAAGAUGCUCCAGCAGCUUGCCUCAGGGGAAGAUGGCAAGGAGCCCAUUGAGCUGGAUAUACCUGGUGCUGAUGUCCCCUACGAAGACAUCAUCGCCACCGAGAUCUGACCCAGACAUUCCUUCUCCUCCUCGCAAACAGGCAUCUCUUCCAGGCAAGAAGUACUUCCUUGCAGCUCAGUUCGUGCUGGGUGCACCUUGUACAGUUCAGAGGAGCCAUGCAUUUAUUAGCUGAGCUGAUUGCCUGGCCAGCUCGUGAGCCCUUCUCCCCUCCCAGUGUUGCACCAUGACGGUGCCCUACGCUGCCUGUCGUGUUAGAGGUGAACAAGCAAUUUGUGCCAAUGGUGAUGUGCCCAGCAUCUGCCCCUCGCGUCCAAUGCGUCCUCAGCAGGAUGCCUUCUGCUCAUUUGUAGGAUUAAGAAGCCAGAGACAGGGGCAAUAAGGGAACAGGACUUUAGCAACAAACUUUCCUAUCAGGUAACAAGAUGAUGCAAAAUUCCCAAGGGAUCUUCUCCCCACAGGGUGAACGCCAGAGCAAUGACUCAAAGGGAACCCGUGAGUAGCACAGCUCUGGGAAUGCGGAUGCCACAGCCCUUCCUACCUUGUUCAAGAGGAAACAACCAAUGCCACAUUUCCACCACUGGUCCCUGGCCCACAACCUGCAGAAAGCACUAAGCUGCUCUGAAAUUUAUUUAUCUUUCUCCAGUUGAUUCUGAUUUCCAGAGAGCAGGUGGCCAGGGAGCCAGCUCGUAAGGAGCAAGAGGAUUUGUAUCAUGCCAUUGACCCAGGCAAGAAAUCCUGCUCUGCUUCUUCAUUCCUUCAGCUAUCCUAGAGUGCCUCAGGAAUGACUCUACACACACACACACACACACACACACACACACACACACAUGCACACGCUCAUUCAAGACCAAGGAGGAAUAGCAACCUUAGAUUUAUAGGGUUGACUCAGCUUUUUUUUCCCCCUAGUGCACACCACUGGAAAGCACCAUCUUCUAAAAGGACUAGUGACUCUAAAAGCUCACUCCAAGAUACCUUAAAAGAGGCCUGGGUUUCCAUAAGGUGCCUCUUGGGAAACAAACUCCUUUCAACUUCCUGAAGUUGAACAGCAAGAAUGUAAGCAGCCAGAAAUCAGCAGAGUUUUAGAAAAUCCCAAAUUAAUUGCUUCCCACCUUCUCCUUAUCUCUACAGAGUUGCAGCAACCAAAAAUAUGGAUCUUUUCACUUUCAGUUAUCACAACAGUAACUGCCCCAGGCUGAGCGAGCAUCUGGCAGUGAGCUCCUACCUUGUUCCUGCAAAUAUCCAUGUCGUAACUGCCUUUCAUUAACGAUCGUGGUCCGUGUUGAAUCUAAGCAGGUUUCCUAUCCCUCACCUAGAGCUGCACCAGCACUUCCCUCCUGCAAGGCCAGGGAUCUUCUCCUAACUUGCACUGUAAAACAUAUCCAUGGCGAGCCAUUGCUCCCAUCUCUGAAGGACAAGGACUUAAUAUCCCUAUUCCCCAGCUGCUGAACUGGUAACUGGAUUUAAGGAUUAACGGAAAUUUCCAAACUGCAGCCAGCCCUGAAGAAUCAAGAGUGAAAUCAAUUUUAUUUACCCCAAGGAGGGACUUGGCCCAAUGCACAGGCAGAAGGAAAUGACCCGACAUGCUCUCUCUUUUUCUGCUGUGACUGACUCCCUCCCGCUCUCUCCCCCCUUCAAACUCUGACUGCCUUAUUUCCUCCGAUGCCAUUAAGUCUGCAGGUUCCUGCUGCAGCAGUUGACGGGAGCUGGUAAGAGAAAAUGCUCUCAUUUUGUUUUCUACCCUAGCUCUUUCCUGCCUUCAGCAAGCGAAAGAAAAGGCUCCACUGCAGCAGCAGGCUUCAGAGGAGUGUGCGCUUGCUGAGGGGCCCAGGAGCAGCCCCUUUCCCAGCCCCCUCGCUGCUCUGCACGGGCCGGCGGCCAGGAGGGAAAUCGCCCACCACGCACCUCCGGCAGGUGCCAAACACCCUGCAAGUCAGCCGCUGAUGUGCGAUAAUCGAUGUCCCAAGAGCUGAGCUUGGCAGGGUGGAGGUUUCUAGCUGGGACCACUUUGUACCAGUGCAAUGGUAUUUUUAUUGCAAUAUGUUUAUUUAUCCACUAGCAAGCUGGGCCAAACCCCACAAAGCCCUCUCUCCACAGGUUGUGAGGGAGCGUCACGUUGCUGUCCCUGAUCCCCCCACAAAUUCAGCCAAGGGCUCAAAGCCAGGCUGCCCUUGUGCUACCAGCCUCCCUGCAGCCAGCAGACUCGGAGCAAAAGGAUUUCGCAUCCCUCACUCCACGCUAGCCUGACAAAUGCAAAAGUUGGAAACCAAUCUGUGCCUUCUGUACCUCCCCCUCGAGCAAUCCCAAGCCACAUGCCACCCCACAAGCAACCCCUGUCUGGGCGUCCCGGGCUGGGCACACAGCACUUGCCCAUCCUUAGCCAUCGUCUGCUGGAAAAAAGCAAACCUCAAAUCCAGGUUUCAGCCCUACGGCUCUAUGUCAGGGCUAGGUCAGGUCACUUUUACUGCAAGCUACAGGGUAGGGGAGCAGUCCCAGCCUUUGCCCAAACCUGCUGAAAGGACAGUUUAGGAGGUCCAGAAGAUCAAGGGCAAAAAGAGGAUGGCAGACAGCUAUCCAGUGCGCAUCCGACUCAGCUCUGAUUUGUGAGGCCAGAAGGGAUUUUCUGCAUCAUCCAAGCCAUAGAGCUUCACUGAGCGGUUUUGUAUCCCCCUCCGCAUCCCGUGUUCGAGCCAGAGCACAGUUACUGGAAGCUGUUAAGCGUCAAAUAAGUGAAAGGAACAGAAGGGAGCAGAGUUCUUCCCGACUGCUCCUUUUUAAUAGCUCCUCACAAGGCAUUGGCCUUCCCAGGCUUUCCAGCCCUGUUCCUGCCUUGCCCCUGAAGCCAACGGACUCCACUCCCAUUGACUUUGAGGGCACCCCGUCCGAUUUCCUCACAGCACCAGCCCCGUAUCCUCACCAACAAGCGCUGUACAAUGUGAUCGACUGGAGACAUUGACUUGCUGCCUUUGCACAAUGCUGUGUUUGACCGUAUGCAUCGCAGAUGUGUCAUUCCUUGGUGUGAGUAAUGGCUGUCCUGCCCCGCUCCAGGAGAGGCCAGGGUUCAGUCUGUACAUAUAAUUAUUUUUCUGCAGGUUUUUUGGAUGUUACUUCUGGUGACUGAUGUAAACUACUGGUAAUUUUAUGUUUUUAUUUAUAAAUAAAUUUUUUAAAACUUA